AUGACCGACGCCAAACGCAGCGCUCGACGGCUGACCCGAUGCCGGACGGGGUGUAUGCGAUGUCGCAUACGACGACGAAAAUGCGACGAGGGCAAACCGCGGUGUCGAAAUUGUAUCGAUCGGAACUUUGAGUGCCAGUAUGGCCCGCAGUUGACGUUCUUGACGAAGAAUGCGCAGACCGUGCAGCCGUCAGAAGUGGGGAGUUUAUCGGCUAGUUAUGAAGUCAUUCGAUUUGUCAAUGAGGACCCUGAGAAUGCCAAGGAUGAGCUUGAUGAUGGAGAAGAUGAACCAUCUCCUCGGGCUGAGGAAUCUGUAUCUAAACGGCCGCACGAAGAUCCUCCCGACUCUAACGUGGGCAGACAAACAGAACCAGAACCAGUCUCAGAGUUACCUAUCUGGUCGACCGAUGAGCCAUCUACAAUACCAACCCCGCAACCCACAAUCACAAUGUUCAGUGACAGAGACGAGUCUGCGGUCGCCGGGCUAUUGGCUUUAGGAACAAGCACAACCGAAGCGAUGGUGCAAGAUCUGAAUUUGACGGGAUUUGCGAUCUCGCCUCUCACAAGAGAACGGCCCCUCGCUCAAGCAGUGACUCCAAUCAACUUUCCGGACUAUUCUGUGACCUUUUCUCCGAACCAUAUGUCCCAACCGGCUCCUCUCAAUCCAGAGAUUUCGCCCACGCAGACACUAGAACUGCUUCGACAUUAUCGCUACGAAGUAGCCCCAUGGACAGCUGGAUAUAUGUGA